GAUUACAAUUGACAAUUUAAAUAAUGGACAGGCAAAGAGUAAAAAGUGUUUCAGAACAACGUGGUUGUAGUUCACUGCUGACGUAUAUGUAAAUUUUUCGUCACGCCUGUGGCACAAAAAUGUUUUGGUUCACAUUUAUUCAUAUUGAUUUUUAUUUUCUCUAAGUCCACACGUGCCAUACGUGGCAUGUGCUUAAGGAAAGUAGUGAUCAUGGGUGCUCUUAGUCGCUACGUAGACUGUAUUGACGUUUGUUUGGAGAAAGUAAUAAUUGAAAUACGAGUGCUUGAGCAUGUGUUGGAAGUCAGUGGCAAAAGAAUGAGCACAAACAAAUGGCUGUUGCAUCAACAUUGGCAGGAAGUAUACUAUAUUCUCCAUACUGCUGCUGAAAGUCAUAUGAAGAGCAAACUUUCUGGAACUGUUGUAGCACAGGGGAAGGAUACUGAAGUGGCUUUGAUGUUUAAACCACUUCGAGGAGUCAAUCAAUAUAUGAUCAGCCCAUACAAAAGCAAUGGUGAUCUAGUAGAUGCUCUUCAAGAUUCAGGAGAAGGAUGGCUAACAUUAAUACCUUAUAAGUUCAUGAUUGUAGCAAGUGUUUCUCCAAGACAUAUCACUAAUAUUUCCAGAGACAUAUAUCCAGAAGUUCGAAGCUGUGAUUCAGGGAGCUCUAUAAAUGAAAUAAAUAGAACAAGAAACCUGAAAAUGAAUUAUGUGACAAGUAAUAUACUUUUCGGUGAAGUAAUAUGGUAUACUGUUGAAGAUUCUCAAGUGCUAGACAGUGAUGUUAAAUUAAACAGAGAAAACCCCCAAGACCUCACAAAUGCAUAUUUGGUUGCUGACAGUUCACCUGGUUAUUCUUAUAGCUUCAGUCCACAAAGCUGUGAGUCAAACAAUCUAGAGGACAUCUUCCCUAUUGAGAAAUAUUCUAAAUACACUGCAUCAGUUAGCAAAUGGUAUAUAAACUCUAGUAGUCCUCCGGAACAUUCUUCUCUUGAUAAAAAUACUGUUUCAGAAAUGGAGUUUGUGAAUAGGACAUCACCUUCUGAAGUAUUACUAACUAGGCUAAGACCUACUGAAAAACAAAAUAUAUCAAAUAAUUAUAGUAGUGCAAAGAGUGAACAGGAAACAUGGUGCAAUUCAGAAUCAGGUGGUGACAGAAAGCAGUCAGAUAGGGAAAGCUUUAGGGAUAGAUAUGAGGAGAAUUUGUUCACGAGAAAGCUCAAUAUUGCUGUCAGUGAAGAAAAAGAGGGGGGAAAAAGCACCAGUGGAAGUAGUUGUAAAAAGGAGAGUGAUGUUUUAAAGACUGUGAUAAAAAAUACUGUGAGAUGUCAAUAUGACAAAACCAGUGAUGGAAGUGAAGUUGAAGAGAAGGUGACAGAGAAUGAAGGUAAAAAUUUAGAGCCAUCUAGAGGAAACUGCAGUUCAAACAGAGAAAGUAAAAUUUGUACUCUAGAAACACAUGGGAUGAAAUUAGCUUCCAAUAAGGAAUCCGAUACAAUUAAGAAAAAAUCAUCUAAAUUGACUGGAAAGCAAAAAAGUGGAAGGAAUCCAACAAUAAAACAUUACUUUAAAAUGAAAAACACAAAACACAUUUCAUCAUGUAGUGAAUCAGAACAAAGUGUUAAAACUCCAGAUAGUAUAUCAGACAGUGAUGACUGUGUGCCAGGUACACCUGUCCACACAACACAGUUUGGAAUAGAAUAUACAAAUAGAAAUGAAGAUACUCCAGUUAACAGUCUCCAAUCAUUAGAUCACCGUGUAAAAGGUUGCAGAUAUGCUCUCAGAAAUCAGUUGGCCAAGUCCAAAUUAGCGGAUUAUGAUACUGUCAAAAGUAGCAACAAGACUGAAAUGCCCUUGGGUAAUUGUUCAAAACCUACUAAGCAAGGAAAGUGUAGUAAACUUUUUACUAAAAGAAAGAGGCAGAAACCGUUAGUAGAUGCCUCUAAGAAAGUUAAUGCAGGUAUUCCAUUAUAUUUUGGAUCUCCUGUUCAGGUUGUAAAAUGUUCUGUUGCUAGGAAUUUUGAAAUUACAGAUAAUUCGAUUUGUGGGACUGUUCAUGAGAACAACUCUCAAUUGAAUCAUUCACCUUGUCAUUCUGUCAUUGUCCCUAGAAGAGAAGAUCCAGAAAAUUGUGGUAAGAGAUCGACAUUUCACAGUGUUUUCCAGCAACAUUUAAAAAACACUGUAAAUACUACAAAUUCUGAUGAUAUUCAUAAUGAACAUUUGAGCAUUUCAUCAAGAAAAGAAUUAGAAGAAAAAAUUGGGUUAUCUAAUGAUUCUUUAAUAUGUGGUAUUGGGCAGCAAGAGUUAAAAAUCGUUUCAGAUGCCUCUUUGAAAACUAAUAACAAUUUUGAAACCAAGUACAGACAAGAAGUAGCAACCAGUAGUGAUAACUCUGAGACCAAACAUGAACAAGAAGCAACAAGUAAUGACAAUGAAGGACAGGACUUCAAAGUUUCACAUCUCACAUUGCAACAGCUGGAGCAAAGGUUUAAAAACAAUGUGCAACAUCUUUGUGACAUUAUGAAGGGUAAGAAAUAUUGCUGGCGCCAUGAACAAUUCAAGAAAGGUGGCACUGCCUCAAAUAAUCUCCACUAUGCUGUUACUACAGUUAAAAAAAAAUCACUCUUGAGAGAAACCUUCUGCCAUAAGCACAGUUAUGUGACAUACUCUGAUUACAUUAUGAAGGUUCUUCUUCCUGAGGCAACAACUAAGAUUUUCAUGGAUGAGUUUUCACUUAGCCACCAAGAUACUUUACAUAAAAUACACAAUAUUUAUAUUAUUUCAGACACAUCAUGGUACUCUCCGACAAUUGAUCACGCCCAGUGA